AUGCCUUCCGACUCCCUCAUGCCCAAGAGCGAUUCCUUCAGUGCCCGCACCCGCGGCGCCAGCCACAUCGACUUCAAGACCGCUACCACCGGCGUCGCCGCAAAGGCCAUGCGCAACGAGAUCAGCAACCUCGUCAAGUCCGUCAAGGACCCAGACACCAAGCGUGCCUUCGACACCGAGAUGCAGUCCUUCUUUUACCUCUUUACCCGCUACCUCUCCCAACGCGCGCGCAGCCAGGAACUUGACUGGGACAAAAUCAAAUCGCCUGCAGAAGAUCAGAUCGUCCCGUACUCCAAGCUACCUGAGAAAGCCGACAUCUCAAACCUCAACAAGCUUGCUGUGCUCAAGGUCAAUGGCGGUCUCGGUACUUCCAUGGGGAUGACCGGUGCCAAGUCUGCACUCGAAGUCAAGGACGACAUGACGUUCCUCGACCUGACCGUGCGGCAGAUUGAGCACCUGAACACGACACAUCGCGUCGACGUGCCCAUGAUCCUCAUGACCUCCUUCAACACGCACGAGGACACGCUGCGAAUCAUUAAGAAGUACGCAAACCAGCAGCUGCGCAUCACGACGUUCAACCAGAGCCGCUAUCCGCGCAUCUACAAGGAGACGCUCCUUCCGUGCCCCAAGACCGCGGAUGACGACAAGAAGCAGUGGUAUCCGCCCGGCCACGGUGAUCUGUACAAUGCGUUGUACCAGAGCGGUGUGCUCGACCAGCUGCUGGCGGAGGGCAAGGAGUACCUCUUUGUGUCCAACUCGGAUAACUUGGGCGCUGUCGUUGAUGAGAACAUCUUGCAGCACAUGAUCGAUUCACAAGCAGACUUCCUUAUGGAGGUCACAGACAAGACGAAGGCCGACGUCAAGGGUGGAACGCUCAUUGACUACGAGGGCAAUAUCCAGCUGCUCGAGAUUGCGCAGGUGCCGUCGGAGCACGUCGAGGACUUCAAAUCUGUGCGCAAGUUCAAGAUCUUCAACACGAACAACAUUUGGCUCAACCUCAAGGCGCUGAAGGAGAUCAUGGAUAAGGGCGAGAUGGAGCUCGACAUCAUCGUGAACCCGAAGACGACAGAGGACGGGCAGGCGGUGAUCCAGCUCGAGACGGCUUUGGGUGCGGCGAUCAAGCACUUCCGGAAUGCGCACGGCGUCAACGUACCGCGCUCGCGUUUCUUGCCUGUGAAGAGCUGUUCGGACUUGCUCCUUAUCAAGAGCGACAUCUAUUCGUUGCAGCAUGGUCAGCUGGUGAUUAACGAACAGAGGAUGUUUGAGACGACGCCUGUGAUCAAGCUGGGCGAUCACUUCAAGAAGAUUGCGCAGUUCCAGAAGCGAUUCAAGAAGAUCCCGAAGAUCAUCGAGCUGGACCACCUAACCGUGACGGGCGAUGUUUACUUUGGGCGGAACGUCACCCUGCGUGGGACAGUCAUCAUCGUUGCGAACGAAGGACAGAGCAUCCAUAUCCCGGAUGGAUGUAUACUCGAGAACCGAUUGCUCUCGGGAAACCUCAACAUGAUCGAGCUAUGA